AUGCUGGCCGUGGGAAUGGAAUUCUCUGGACUCAUUCUUCAUUUACGGGGCUUUUUCUUCCCCAGAUCCUACUCCACUCCAGGACUAUGCCAAUCUGCGGCCAUGCUCCCACCAGCUGGUCACCUCCUGUCCCUGCUGCUGGUGAUAGGAACAGGGGGGACUGUGCCCAGCCCCCGGCUGUCUCCCCAGGGCUGCUACGUGGCAGAAGAAGCUGGGGAGCGGACAUUCCGCUGCAGCCAGGCAGGCCUGAGGGCUGUGCCCACCGGCAUCCCUAACGACACCCGCAAGCUCUACCUGGACGCCAACCGGCUGGCGUCCGUGCCGGCUGGGGCCUUCCAGCACCUGCCUGUCCUGGAGGAGCUGGAUCUAUCCCAUAAUGUCCUUGCCCACGUCUCAGGGGCCGCUUUCCAGGGCCUGGCGGGCACGCUGCGCCACCUCGACCUCUCUGUCAACCAGCUGGCCUCGGUGCCCGUGGAGGCCUUUGCGGAGCUGCAGAUCCAAGUGAACCUGUCUGCCAACCCGUGGCGCUGCGACUGUGCCCUGCAGGAGGUGCUUCGGCGGGUGAGGUUGGCACCAGGCACUGAGACGGGCAUCGUCUGUGGCCCGGGAGCCCGAUCAGACCUCGUGGGGCAACAGUUCCUGCCGCUGGUCGAGGAGGAAGAGCUGUGUGGGACGGGGCGGGGCGGGGCCCGGCACAGCACCGACGUGGCCCUGCUGGUCACCAUGGGGGGCUGGCUGGUGCUGGUGGUGGCUUAUCUGGCCCAGUACGUGUGGGAGAACCGGGAUGGGACCCGACGUCCCCUCAAGCGGGCCCCCGUGCCGCCUGUGCACUCUGAGGACUCCUCUACCCUCAGCACCGUGGUCUGA